ACAAUGCACAUGUGAGGCAAUGCCUACUGGGCUGGGAAGGAAUGAAAUUUUGUUUGUAAACAACAUAGAGAAAGAAAUGCAAUGAGUACGGAACGUUGUGAAAUGUUUUUGAACGAUAUUCGAAUCAACAAUGAGGACGAAUAACAAGUGCACCGAGGUUGGAGCAUCUCAUGAAGGUUCCCGUCGCCCGAAGACCACAGUUGCAAAGGGUACGAAAGGUAACUCUUCAGCGGCUUCCUCAAGCUCGAAAAAACGGACGCCAGCAAAACGAAUAUCGGGUCCUAUGGGUAAUGGGGUGUUCGGGGUACGUGUGUUCAUACCAAGAGACCGCAAUCCUUGUUCACCCUUGCUUCACUUCGAUUUGGAGGAACAUAUCUCCUUCAAGCUCACUUUAAAAAAAAUCAGAGGGUGUGGAAACAACGACAUAUGUGCUACAUGGUAUAACAAAGCAAUGCACGACACGGUGAAAGCAAAGGUGAAAGAAUCUGGAUUUUUGCCCUUUUUGUCAAUACUGGGACAUGGAAAGAAAGGGGAUAGGCCAUUACUUGUGGCCUUAGCUGAGAGAUGGUGGGACACUACCCACACAUUCCACUUCGAUGAAGUUGGAGAGAUGACAAUGACCCCGACGGACUUCGCAGCAAUCACAGGAUUGCGUGUUGGUGGGAAGCGAUUAACGUACGACUUGGACAUUUACAGAAAUAAGAACAAGGUGGUGAAAUUGUUUGGGAAACCAAUUGCAGACCUACUGGCAGGGGAAAGGAGAGUGCCGUAUGAAAGCCUUUGCACUCCGUACUGGAAGAAGAAUCCGAAAGAUGAUAAAGAAGCUGACCAAAUUGCAAGGGCAUUUAUACUAGCCAAUACGUGA